CUCAUCCAGAAGAGCAUAUAUACAUAUCCAACAGCCUCAUGUUAUAAUAGAGAUAAGCCAAAGAAACAAAAGCAAACAUGUCUACUUCUCAUCAGCAUCAUCAUCCACAUCUCAUCACCAAACUCUUAUUCUUGUUUCUCAACUUCUAUUGCCUCCAUGCAAAUGAACUCGAGCUUCUCUUAUCAUUCAAGUCCUCAAUUCAAGACCCUUCAAGGCAACUCUCUUCUUGGUCUUACUCUUCAACCAAUGAAGUGUGCCUCUGGAACGGCGUCGUUUGCAACAACUUCUCGCGUGUUGUUUCUCUCGACCUCUCCGGCAAGAACAUAUCUAGCCAAAUCCUCACUUCCACUAUAUUCCGGCUACCUUUUCUACAAACCAUUAAUCUCUCCAAUAACAAUUUUUCCGGUCCAAUCCCUCAUGACAUCUUCACCAUUUCGUCUCCUUCUCUUCGUUACCUCAACCUAAGCAACAACAACUUGUCUGGUUCCAUCCCUCGAGGCUUUCUUCCAAAUCUCUACUCGUUAGAUCUUUCAAACAAUAUGUUUUCAGGUGAAAUCUACGAGGACAUCGGACUUUUCUCUAACCUUAAAGUCCUAGAUGUCGGCGGAAACGUCUUAACCGGCCAUGUACCGGCCUGUUUUGGAAACCUCUCAAGGAUAGAGUUCCUAACACUGGCUUCAAACCAGUUAACCGGGGGUAUACCAACUGAACUAGGGAUGAUGAAAAACUUGAAGUGGAUAUACUUGGGAUACAACAAUCUUUCUGGCGAAAUUCCUUACCAACUCGGUGAGUUAUCCUCUCUCAAGCAUCUUGAUCUUGUCUACAACAAUCUCUCUGGACCCAUACCUCCUUCACUGGGAGACUUAAAGGAGCUUGCGUACAUGUUUCUCUACCAAAACCAGCUAUCCGGUCAGAUUCCACCGUCCAUCUUCUCCCUCAAGAAUCUCAGAUCUCUUGACUUUAGCGAUAACUCGCUCUCUGGAGAGAUCCCCGAGCUCGUGUCUCAGUUGCAAAGCCUGGAGAUUCUCCAUCUUUUCUCUAAUAACUUAUCAGGAAAGAUUCCGGAAGGACUAACUUCCUUGCCACGUCUACAAGUUCUCCAGCUCUGGUCCAACAAGUUUUCUGGCGAAAUUCCGGCGAGUCUUGGGAAACAUAACAACCUCACUGUUCUUGAUCUUUCUACCAACAAUCUCACUGGAAAACUCCCCGACACUCUCUGUGACUCUGGCAACCUCACCAAGCUCAUCCUCUUCUCUAACUCCCUCCACGACGUUAUCCCGCUGAGUUUAAGCGAGUGCCAGAGCUUAGAGCGAGUGAGGCUUCAAAACAAUAAAAUUUCAGGCGAGUUACCUAGAGGGUUCAAUGAGUUGCAGCUCGUUAACUUCUUGGACUUAUCAAACAACAACCUCCGAGGUAACCUCGGCACAUGGGACAUGCCACAGCUUGAGAUGUUAAAUCUCGGGAAGAACAAAUUCACUGGUGAAUUUCCGGAUGUUUCUAGAAGCAAGAGACUCAAGAAGCUUGAUUUAUCAGGUAACGGAAUAUCUGGAGUAGUUCCGGUUGAGCUCACGACGUGCACGGAACUUAUGGAUUUGGAUAUAAGCGAUAACGAGAUCCCUGGAGUGAUCCCAAGUGAAUUGUCUUCUUGCAAGAACCUAGUCAAUCUUGACAUGAGCCACAACAAUCUUACCGGGGACAUUCCUUCUAGUUUCUCAGAUUUUCCAGUUCUCAGCGAUCUUGACUUGUCUUGCAACCAAUUAUCCGGCAAGAUUCCCAAGAAUCUAGGAAACAUCGAGUCUCUUGUUCAAGUCAACAUCUCUCAUAAUCUUCUUCACGGAAGCUUACCUUCAACCGGAGCUUUUCUUGCCAUAAACGCAACAGCGGUCGCAGGUAAUUACAAUCUCUGCGGUGCAAAUAACGUUAGCGGUUUACCUCCUUGCCACGUGGUAAGAAAGACAAGUACAAAGAGUUGGUGGUUUGUCGUCAUGUUGACCUUUGUAGCUUUCUUGGCCGUCCUUGUCUCCGGUUUCUUUAUCUCUCUUGUCGUUCAAAGGAAGCACAACGUUUUAAAAGGAGAGAGAGUUGAACAAGAAGACGGUACAAGGUGGGAAAUUCAGUUCUUCGAUUCAAGAUUCAUCAAAUCGCUUACAGUAAACGCGAUUCUAUCGUCUCUCAACGAGCAAAACGUUUUUGUGGAUAAAAACGGCGUGAAGUUCGUUAUUAAGAAGGUCAACAAGUAUGAUACUCUUCCCGACAUAUCUGAAAUUGUGAAACUUCCGGAGCACAGGAACAUUAUUAAGCUAGUGGCGACGUGCCGGUCGGAAGAAGUGGCGUACUUGAUUCAUGAGGACGUCGAAGGUAAACGACUGAGCGACAUUUUGAAUUGUUUGAGUUGGGAGAGACGGAAAAACAUAAUGACCGGAAUCGCAGAAGCUCUUUGGUUCUUACAUUGCCGGUGCUCUCCACCAGUUGUUGGCUGUGAUUUAUCUCUGGACAAUAUUGUCGUCGACGUCAAAGAUGAACCAAGACUCUUACUCGGCCUUCCGGGUCUAGUUUGCAUGGAUGCUGCCUACAUGGCUCCAGAAACGAGGGAGCACAAGGAGGUGUCAAAUAAAAGUGACAUAUAUGGUUUUGGAAUUCUCCUUCUUCAUCUCCUCACCGGUAGACGUCCCUAUAGUGAUGAGGACAUAGAAUCUGGACUCAGAGGAAAUUUGCUCAACUGGGCUAAAGAUUCAUAUUCCGAUUGCCAUAUCGACACUUGGAUCGACUCAUCCAUAGAUAUGUCGGUAUAUGAGCAUCAUGAGAUUCUCCAUGUCAUGAACUUAGCUUUGCAUUGUACCGUGGUGGAUCCGCAAGAGAGGCCUUGCACCAAGAACUUGUUAAAAGCAUUAGAGCUUACAAGUUCUUCUUGCACUACUUAUUUUCCCAAGAUACUAUCAUUGACCUGACAUAUUUUGGCUUUGAUUCAUCUUCCAAGUAAUUUUAUUAGGUUUUUUUUGGUUGUUUUGUUUCAAAUUUUGCUCGUUAAUUUUGUUGGGUUUGUUGGGUGUAAUAACCCAACAUGAAUGUAUCAUCAAGAUGGUUUUGUUUAUGUCAUCAAGAUGGUUUUGUUUAUGUUAUCUUGACUGUUUGCUGAUGUAUGUCUUUUGUUGGUCCAAAGUAUACUGAUGUAUAAGUUACAAAAAGGUCUACUGAUGUAUGUAAGCGAGUGUGUAUAUAUAUAUAUAUACACACACGGUGAAGAAUAGUUUAAACAUACAUUGUUUGCAAA